AUGGGAGAGACCCGGCUUUCAAACCAGGCCUCGAGACAGUCCCAGUGGCCACUGUCGCGGCCCGCCCAUGGUCUCCAAUAUGAGACUGUUAUUGAGGAGAUAAGAUCCGAUCCAAAGAACGGUCUGACUGCUUCAGAGGCCCAGUACCGUCUGGAACAGUAUGGGCGAAAUGACCUGGGAAAUAUCGACUCUGGUCAUCCAGCAAAAAUUUUGCUCCGGCAGAUUGCAAACGCCAUGACUUUGAUACUCAUGAUGGCUAUGGCAGUGAGCUUUGGCAUCAAAGCUUGGAUUGAGGGAGGGGUGCUAGCAGCGGUUAUUCUCCUCAAUAUCGGCAUAGGUUUUGUCCAGGAAUUCCAAGCAGAAAAAACCAUGGAUUCGCUUCGGUCCCUGAGCUCCCCGACAGCCUGCUCAAUACGUGACGGGACACAAAUAACUAUCCCAACGGCAGAGAUAGUACCCGGUGAUAUAGUGGAAAUGAAGACUGGCGACACCGUCCCUGCAGAUAUUAGGCUUAUAGAGGCUAUCAACUUUGAAACCGACGAGGCUUUACUUACAGGCGAAUCUGUGCCUGUUCGCAAAGAAGCCAAUGCCGUUUUUGACGACGAUACCGGACCUGGUGACCGUCUUAAUAUAUGCUACAGCUCUUCUAUUGUGACCAAAGGAAGAGCUAGGGGAAUUGUCGUUUCCACAGGUGUAUAUACGGAAAUCGGCUCUAUCGCGGCAGCAUUUCGAGAAAAAGGAGCAUAUCGACGCGUAAAACGCAAGCCAGACGGCUCCGCAGGACCCCAUCGUUACCUUGAAUGGGGGAUUUUAACCAUUUCUGAUGCCCUUGGUGAUAUUUUGGGCCUUAACGUUGGCACGCCGUUACAGAGAAAACUUUCUAAACUUGCGCUGGUCCUUCUUGGGACUGCCGUUAUUUGUGCGAUUGUUGUUCUCGCAGCAAAUAAAUUCAGCAAUCACCAGGAGGUCAUCGUUUAUGCUGUGGCAACUGGCUUGAUUGGUACAAAGCGGAUGGUCAAGAGGCAUGUCAUUGUACGCAAUUUGAAUUCAUUGGAGGCUCUCGGGGCAAUUACAGAUAUUUGUUCGGACAAGACAGGUACACUUACUCAGGGGAAAAUGGUUGCUCACAAAGCCUGGGUUCCUGCGAAAGGGACCUACUCGGUAGGAGAGUCGAGCCAACCAUUUAAUCCCACGCUUGGAAAGCUAUACUUUGAGGCUCGGCAACCGUGCGAAAUUGAUUUUAAGGACGAAGAAGGUGGCCUUGGAGCCGAGUAUAGCCAGCCUAACAGCGACCAUCACCUUGAUGAGUUCCUUAAGGUUGCGUCCCUAGCAAAUCUUGCUGUUGUUCACGAGACUAGUGAUGGAGACUGGGAAGCCCGUGGUGAUCCAACAGAAAUUGCCAUCCAGGUCUUUGCAUCACGCUUCAAUUGGAACCGUUCUAGGCUGGCUACUGGAGACAAUCCUGCAUGGAAGCAAAUAGCUGAAUUCCCAUUCGACUCGGAUAUCAAGAAAAUGUCCGUCAUUUUCGAGUCAGCUUCGGGAGGGAUGUACGCCUUCACCAAAGGUGCCGUGGAAAGGGUUAUAGGAUCAUGUUCCUUAAUACAAAUGAAAGAUGGUUCAGAGCCUGAGGCAAUCGCACCUGAUGUUCGGGAUAAGAUUCUAGCUAACUUAGAGGCAUUUGCGGCCCAAGGUCUUCGUGUCCUUGCUCUGGCCAGCAAACCAGUCGCUGAAUUUGACCAAAAUAGCGGAGAGCUGGACCGCAACAACAUCGAACAAGACUUGACCUUUCGUGGUCUCAUUGGGCUUUACGACCCUCCUCGCCCUGAAUCCGCACCUUCGGUGCGGCGUUGCCAUGAAGCUGGUAUUUCUGUCCACAUGUUGACGGGCGACCACCCUAGCACUGCGCGAGCCAUUGCAACCGAUGUUGGCAUCCUUCCUGCUCAUAUGGACGGAUUAAGCAAAAAUACCACAGAUUCCAUGGUUAUGACAGCUCACCAGUUUGAUAAACUCACGGAUAGUCAGAUAGAUGCUCUCCCUGCUCUCCCCUUGGUUGUAGCACGAUGUGCACCCAACACGAAGGUUCGGAUGAUUGAGGCGAUGCAUAGACGCAGGAGAUUUGCAGCUAUGACUGGAGACGGAGUUAACGAUUCGCCCUCGCUCAAAAAUGCUGAUGUUGGCAUUGCCAUGGGCAUGGCUGGUUCCGAUGUCGCGAAGGACGCAUCAGAUAUAAUCCUGACAGAUGACAAUUUUGCCUCAAUCCUUAAUGCUAUAGAGGAAGGUCGGCGAAUAUUUGAUAAUAUUCAAAAAUUCAUAUUACACGUCCUAUCUCAGAACUUUGCACAAGCCAUAGUUCUCCUGGUAGGUCUUGUAUUCAAAGAUAAAAAUAACUUGUCAGUCUUCCCACUUAGCCCGGUUGAGAUUAUCUGGCUUGUGAUGAUCACGUCAGGGCUCCCGGAUAUGGGCUUAGGAUUUGAGCAGGCGACGGCGGAUAUCAUGCAGCGCCCUCCGCAGAGAGGCGGUAUCUUCACUACGGAAGUAAUGGUCGACAUGCUUGUUUACGGUACCUGGGUCGCUGCUUUGUGUCUUGGUGCUUUCACGCUGGUGAUUUAUGGUUUCGGUGACGGCUCACUGGGAACCAACUGCAACAAAAUGUACGAAGGCUGCGAGCUGGUCUUCAGGGCUCGAGCCACAACUUUUGCCUGUCUGACAUGGUUUGUCCUCUUCCUAGCCUGGGAGAUGGUCGAUAUGCGCCGUUCCUUCUUCAAUAUGCGACCUGCUUCUCCACCGUCACCCAUUAUUCCCAGAUGGUGCCGCGAUAUCUGGAAGAAUCAGUUUUUGUUCUGGGCAAAUAUGUCUGGAUUUACCAUUGUGUUUCCCCUAAUAUAUAUUCCUGUUAUAAAUAGGAAGGUCUUCCGUCAUACGGGCAUCUCAUGGGAGUGGGUGAUUGUCCUUGUCGGUACAAUUUUGUUCUUCGCAGGUGCAGAGACGUGGAAAUGGAUAAAGAGGGCAUACUUUAGAAGAAAGGCAAGUUCGGUGUCUGGGGGUGUUGGGGGCAAAUUUGAUUUGGAAAACAGAAAAGGACGCCGGGGGACUGGGCAGUAUGGUACAUGGAGUGUCCAAGGUUCUGGCACAAAGUCUUUCAACUAA